UUCAGUUAGCAUGGGAUGUGCUAACUUGCUAGCUCCGGCAAGCAACUGUGCAAGAGAGCUUCAACAGAGACAGAAAUGGAGGCUUGGGGAGAGGAAGCAAUAUCUGGGGUGAAGAAGAGCGCAGGAAAGCAUCUACCAGGCAGGUGUGAACUCCCAAGUGGCUACAGUGACUUCUCUUCUGGACCCUAAGUCAGACAGCACUCAUCAAACCCCGAGUGAGCACAUCAUAGCCGUUCUGUGUCUCUGAUCUAUCAAUCACCAGCAGGAGAUUGACAAACAAAGAAUGGGGCUUUGGGUUUUGGCGGCUCUGACAGUUUCCAUGUAUUCCUCAGUAAUCAAGAGCAGUAAACCAAUCUGGGGUCUGGAACAUGAGGCUUUAAUUGUGAGAUGCCCCCAAGGCGGAGGCCCGCUUGAUCAUGUGGAAUGGUAUAACUCAAUUACAAAUGAGAGUAUGUCUACUCAGAAAAGCAAUGGGAUCGUUGUCUCCAGAGACCGCCUGAAGUUUCUACCAGCCAGAAUGGCUCACUCCGGAAUCUAUGCUUGCGUGGUCACAAGCCCCGACUUCAAUAUGACUGAAUUCAUGAAUGUGACCAUAUAUAGAAAGACAACAGGCUGCAACGUUCCUGAUCAUUUGAUGUACAAAACAGUAAAUGGAUCAGCAAAGAACCCCAAGAUAACUUGUCCAACAAUCUCCUACUAUAAUUGGACAGCGCCUGUUCAGUGGUUUAAGAACUGCAAAGCUCUUCAAGGACCGAAGUACAGGGCGCACAGAGCCUACUUGUUCAUUAAUAACGUGGGGCAAGACGAUGAAGGGGAUUACACGUGUAAAUUCACGCACAAUGAGAAUGGGACCAGUUACAUUGUGACCGCAACCAGGUCAUUCAUAGUCGAAGAAAAAGGCUUUUCUGUGUUUCCAGUAAUUAAAUUCCCCGCACACAACACAACCAUGGAAGUGGAAAUAGGAAAACCAGUGAAUAUCACCUGCUUAGCUUGCCUUGGCAAAGGCCCUCAGUUCUUGACUAAAGUCCUGUGGCAGAUUAAUGAAAGGAAUGUUGAAAUGUUUGGCAAAGAAAGAAUUCAAGAGGAGAAAGAACAAAAUCAAAGUUCCAGCAGUGCCAUGGAUUGUUUAACCUCAGUACUAAGGAUAACUAAUGUGACAGACAAGGAUUUGUCCCGGAAAUAUGACUGUCUGGCCCUGAACCAUCGUGGCGUGAUAAGGCACACCUUGCACCUGAGAGAAAAACAGCCAAUCGAUCGUCAAAGCACCUACUACACGGUUGCAGGAUGUAGUCUAUUGCUCAUGCUUAUCAACGUCUUGGUGAUAGUCUUAAAAGUGUUCUGGAUUGAGGUUGCUCUGUUCUGGAGGGACAUAGUGACACCUUACAGAAUUCAAAAUGAUGGCAAGCUCUAUGAUGCUUACGUCAUCUACCCACGGGUCUUUGAGGGGAGCUCAGCAGGAAUCACCUCCGUGGAGUACUUUGUUCAUCACACUCUGCCCAACGUUCUUGAAAAAAAAUGUGGUUACAAGUUAUGCAUUUAUGGGAGAGACCUGCUGCCCGGACAAGAUGCAGCCACCAUGGUGGAAAGCAGUAUCCAGAACAGCAGAAGACACAUGUUUGUCCUGGCCCCUCACAUGAUGCACAGCAAAGAGUUUGCUUACGAACAGGAGAUUGCCCUGCACAGUGCCCUCAUCCAGAACAACUCCAAGGUGAUUCUUAUUGAGAUGGAACCUCUGGGUGAGGCCAGCCGACUGCAGGUUGGGGACCUCCAAGAUUCUCUCCAGCAUCUCGUGAAAAUGCAGGGGACCAUCAAGUGGAGGGAAGACCACGUGGCCAACAAGCAAUCUCUAAGCUCCAAAUUCUGGAAGCAUGUGAGGUACCAGAUGCCAGUGCCAAACAGACUCCCCAAGAUGGCGUCUGGUGUGGUUCCUUUGAGUGAAACACAAGGCAUGUUUACCCAAAACACUCUUGAGUUGUGGUCCUGAUCACCCACAGCUGGCUGUGCCCUUGCAGCAGGCAGCGGAGUGGAGCUGUGAAGACUUGGGAUGUCAAGGGUAGCAGCCCCAGGCCCCAGCUAGCAAGCUACUCUAGUAGUUUUCCUACUUGUGGGAGGGGCCAUGCCUCCUUUCUCUAUGCUUUCCUUUGCCCAUUUCAUUCCUUUGCGGCACAAGGUCAUCCCUGUGCCUUUUCUUCUCUUCCAUUUCUGUCUCUAUUCUUUCUUUUAAUCAAUAAUCUGCUUUCUGAAUAGCAAGCUGAUGGUUUUAGAAUGGAAUUCUGAGCGUUCUCAUGCCCAGAGGUGGAACCACAGUGGUAAAUCACUUUCCCAACAUGCCAGAAUUUUCUUUCUUUCUUUGGCACUUACGCAGUUUUGUCGUGUCAAUGUUGCCAAGUUUGUUAGACUACCUUAUCUAAAUUGCCAUGACCAACAAGCUCUUUUCAGUUCUAGUGUCUUUCAUAUAGUUUUAUUCUCUUUAGAAAUCUUUUCUCACUGUAAAAGUAAUAAAGGUAUAUUUGAAAAAAGACAGUGUGAAAAAAUAUUAUAAAAGGCAAUCAUAACCCUGACACAUAAGAUGAAUUUUGGCAAAUAAGACUGCACUUUAAGAUGUCUUUACAAUGUGUACAUAUAAUUUGUAUAGCCGGGAUUGUACAAUACUGAUUUUGAGUCUUUCCUGUUUAGCGCCAUAAUGAAUAUCUGUGGCAUGUCAAUCUUGAAUUCCUUUAACAUUUACAGAUGUUAAAUUACAUGUUCAGAACGCCCCAUUUCAGCUUGCGCUGCAGACUCCUGCUAAAGCCGCCGCCAUGAGAAACAAGUCUGUCACACUGCAGCCACACCAGCACAUCUCCUACCUACCGACUCAAAGAAGUUUUGUCAUCGCGAGACAACUUAUUUUUUGUGACAUUUCUGUGAAAUGUAUAGGGAAUUUUGUUAUCCACUCUUAUUGAAUUGCCAAAAACUGACCUGGGAAAAGCAUGCUGUGUGUAUAACUGUUCACACAGUAGAAUGUGGGAUCAGGAAGGAAUCCUUGCUUUGGAUAACUAGCUCUGUGGUUCUAAGUUCCUUAAUGUCCUCAAAUAAAAGUUUUCUUAGGUCCUGAUGAAAUGUAAUACCACCUUAGAUUCUUUAGCUAAUAGAAAAUAGAAGAAUUUGGACUUCAGAAACAAUUCAGUUAGUACUAAUGUUUGGAAUUAUGAAAUCUCCUUGUGCACCAUGUGAAACUGACUGUAUUCUGUGAUUUACCUUAAUGAAGACUUCUUAAAACUAAAAUUCUCUUCAGUUAGAUGAUUUAUUAUCUCUGCUCCCUCACCCACCAAAAAUGACCCAAGGAAACUACUAUUGGUUCCGUUUCAAGAUUAUCCUGACAAUUUAAAACAAUUUGCAUUUAUAUUUAUAUUAGAGAAAUAUUCUUAGUUUCUUAGAAAAUCCCACCUAGGAUUUGAUAAUAAUGUAUAUGGAGCCCAUAACAUAG